AUGGCCAAAGACCCAGUGAAUCAAGCGCACUCGCACCCUGGGCAGUGGGUACACACUCCAAGUGAAGUAAAAAUCUGCCUCGACAAACAUGCCAACACGCGGAUACGGUCCGAGCAAGUCGCAAUUUCCAAAUUGGAACUCCCAUGUCUGGCUUGUUCCUUCCGUGCGGAAGCCCAGCACAUCAAGGUCAUAAGAAUUGUUUUCUCACUGGCACCUUUACUAGAGGAACCUGCUGCUGUCCUCGCUGCGCCUGCACCGGCCCCCGAUCCUCCUGCGCCUGCGCCUCUGGUUGGACUAUCCUCGAAGCCCUGCUCAAGUUUGUUGCAUCGUCAUCGUCAUAGACAGGAAUCAUCCAACUGGCGAUCGACGUCCAGACUGAGCGCUGCCGUGUCUGGCUCCUUUCCAGACCACGUCAAGACAAAAAUAAGGAGAAUGGAUGACGAAUGUUGGUCGUGCGGCCACAACAGAUCCAAGCUGAUGCUAACCGUCCUCGGGUUUAUCCGCGGAACCGUUGAUUCCAGAUGGGUUCGUCACACGAUUAUCGAACUGCUACCGGACGAAAGUAUUCAUGUGCCGUGCCCCAUGCCAGAGCGGCACCCUGAUGCCAUCAGACCGAUGGAUUCCGCGGUUUCCAGUGAGCUGGGUAGGAUCCAAGCCGCCGCAGAGCAGGCUCGGGAGGAGGGCAGGGUGUUCCAGUCCCAACUCCGUCCAGUUCGUCCACUUAGAUCACUCCGUCUCGUCCAGCUCAUCCAGCUCAUCCAGCUCGUCCUGCUCAUCCAACUCAUCAUCCAGUUGUCGACUUCGUUCGUCGUCCUGUCGUCCACUUGGUGCAGUUGA